GAUUAGAUUAAAGUUUCCUUUGUAACAUGGAUGUACAUUAGAAAUGUAAUUAUCUCGAGGAAGAUGUUGUAUAUAUAGAGUAAGUAACAGUCAGACAAAAGAUGGGUGCAACGCCGACAAGUGAUUGGAACGAUGCUAAUUUUAGUUUAUAGAAAAUAUCACUUCUUAUUUCAACGUACACACCGUUUAUUAUGGAUGGGGACAGACGUGUACACGAUCAACAUCACCGACUGUCAAGGAACUCAACUUGGUUAUCCAUCAUAAGCAUACAAAGGAAAAAAAGGAAAUUUCCUGACCAGGAGAAGACAGGGGUACUAUAUAUAUUCUAAACAAGAUGAUCCUCCCUUUCAUCGCACUGCACGUGCUCUGUCUGGCGGUCAUCUACUCGCAACAGGCGUCUGUCGUUAGGUGGCGGACGUGUUUACUUCUGCAAUAUCAACUUGGAUGAAGAUCAAGUUUUCUUCGAUAUAAAACAGUAUUUCAUAUGGAGGUAGGGGCGUGGCUGCAACUAACAAUCCCAAACUGUUCAAGUAGGUAAAGUCGAGCUGAAUAUUAACUGUAAUUGAUACACAAUAAUACAGCAAUUCAGAGGCAAACAGAGCUUAUGCGCAUGAUGAAUAUAUAUUAAAUCCCACAACCGACAACAGGGGGCGUUCGCAGCACAGCGUAGAAAAUCUAUACGGGCACACACUGAAAUGAUGUGUGAGCGCAGUACAAGCUCUGUCAGUGCGAGAAGUAAAUACGUUUAAAUGAAAUAUGUCGAUUAGCAAUGAAGGAAAUAUUAAGUUCAGUUCAGGACAACCAUGUUUCGUGUUCGUAAUCUAAAAAUUUGGAGGAGGUUGUAUAUACAGUGGAUUCUCCUACUAUGGGGGUUAUUACUAAUAAGUGCAGAUAGUACAUACUGCCCCGGUGCUUGUUUCUGUCCGUCAUUGACCAAAAAUGUGUAUUGCUCCAGGAAAAACCUUCCAGUUAUACCCAAUGGAAUACCUGCUGAUACUACACAACUCAACCUGAACGACAAUCCGUUUUCGGAGACAACGUUGGAGAGAAGCAAUUUUUCAUUUUACACUCGAUUGGAGCAGCUCUUUUUGAAAGGAUGUGGAAUUGAAUACGUUUCUUUAGAUACCUUCGCUGAUUUACCCAAGCUGAAGUGGUUGGAUCUCAGCAAAAAUCGCCUUAAAUCAAUUGAUGAUUACACGUUACGCGGUUUAACAUUGGAACAUUUGUUUUUGAAUGACAAUCCAGGUAUACAAUUGUCCAAAAAUGCAUUUGGGGGACUUAGAACAACGGGAUUAUAUAUCCAUGAGUGUGCUAUUUCUAAUCUUGCAAUUGAAGUUUUUAAGCCUUUGAAUGGAACGUUGAAAGCUCUGUGGAUAGAUAAAAACAAGAUCGAGUCGUUUGGAAUAGAAUGGCUCUAUUUAUUCAGAAAAUUAAGUCACGUGCGAUUGGGGAAUAACCCAUUUCAUUGCAACUGUGAGAUAGCAUGGUUGUUCACAUUCUACCACAAAGAUCAAAAUAACCAAAAUAAGAUUCCUUCAAAGGAGGAACCGUCUUGCAGAUCUCCUCCCAAUGUAAGGGGGAAAGACUUUGGUACAUUAACCGAAGAUGAUUUUGCUUGUCAAUUGCCAGUGUUUAAGAAUGUUGACCUUAUUUUCGAAGAGAGUGUUGGUAAAUUGACAUGUUUGGCGGGAGGGGAUCCUGUUCCAACGAUCCACUGGAUAAAACCUGAUAACACGUCCGAGACGUAUCACCCGAAGACAAACUUAGUGCAUAAACAGGAUAACGAGGGGGUUAUGUAUAUAAGUAAUCCUCAUUCUGUGAGCAAUGUCAGGUAUCAGUGUAUUGCAAGCAACCCAGCAGGAAACGUCACCCUAUCCCUCAACGUUUUCUGGCCCACACAUUAUCCACGUGACGUUGGGAUUCCCGAUACCCCUAAACCUGAAAAGCCACAAACUUUUAAGCCAACGACGCCCUCACCAACACCACCCGAUAAAGCAGAGGAGAGCCAUUUCAAAACAGUAUUCCAGAAACCCAAACCUGGCGGAAGUGGGAAAGAAAAGGAUAAAAUUUAUGUCAUUAAUGCUACCAAAGCAGGAAUGAGCAUGGAGCGUCGAGUUACGCCUCCGGACCAGUCCUCGGAUUAUACGGUGGUGGAUAUAAUAGGCGCGGUGGUCGGGACGUUUGUACUUACUCUCAUAGCAUGUGUCGUCAUAUUUCAUAUAUUUUAUCGUCAUCAUGAAAAGAUUUUUCGCGAUCACUCGCCGACAUUGAGUGAGAAAUCGCCUCAUGUGAGGAGCCUUGCACCGGCUGAAAAGCUUCUUCUUCAGAAUAAUCAAGUUUAAGAUGUGCUUUGUUCAUCAUGAAUCGUGAGCUAAUGCUGAAUUCUGACGGAGAGUGGUGAGGAUCCACAGUAAGAGACGAGCUUAACCUUAAGUUCACCUCAUGGUUAGGAGAAUAAUGUGCAAUAUUAAAAGGAAUUCUCUCGCCUUUUUGGGGAUUUGAAACCUGAAUAAGUGGACGUGUCUUUGUCCUCAGACUGACGAAUGAAACAAAGGAAUAUAUUGAUUUUUGAGGAAUUAUUUUCCCGUUUUUGCAAUCGUAUACGUUUAUUUUUAAAAACAAAUAAGACGUCACUUUUUCUGAAAGUGGAUGAUUUAUCUCUUUGAAACAAUGCACAAGUAUUAAUUUCUACACUAUGUGUUAGAAAUAUUGUGAAGUUAAAAGGAAGCAUUAUGUAAUAUAGAAAAGAAAUGAUCAACUUUACUGGAAGUCAAUUGUUUCUAUGGAAACUCCAAAAACUGUUAAUUUACCUGAAUCAUAAAACGUUUGAUUUAGGGAAUUUUAGUCAUCGGAAUUGAAGCCCCAUAGCGAAACAACUAUCAUUGGCCACCGAACAUGUCAUUAAUUUUGUAUGUUUUCUCUUUUUAUCAGACCCUCGCGUCAUUUUAUUCUGUGGUUCUCAUUCCAAAUUUCAUUAUCUCAGAUCGUUCGUAAAAUAGAGGCUUGUUUACAUUAGCACCCUUUAAUCAUAUCUAAGUUACGAAACAAGAAAAGACGAGGGAAAUAGUAAAUUACUGGGUAGCAUAUCCUGUCAUGUCGUUCACUUAGACACGAGCUGUAUUCGUAAAACGAUUGAAAUUUUGGUUUGAAAACCUUUUUGUCACACGAUAAGAACAUCCACAAUGCUUGCGUCCCGCCUUCUUGUGAUAAAAUCGGCCUAAACAAAGAUAGGGGGAAACGGGGUCAAAAUUGUACAUAAACCGCAGGGAUACGAAGCUUUCCACAAGAAGUAAUUUUACUCGUUCGUCAUGCUGGUAUUUACUUGGUUUCUGAAUCAUUACAUAAUUUUGGCAAAACGUUAUUAAGCUAGAAUUACUUAUUCAAGAAAAAGAAUGCUUUUGUAAUUUGAGAAGUCAAUUUAAUAUCUCUGUCCUUUUUUUUAAACAGUUUAGUCAUGAUGCAGAACAUGCUUGCAUUGUUCUGUUUUAAUCUGCCUUUUCCUAUUAUGUUUGUAUCUCGAUCAACGGACAGUUAGAUCAAGUGCAUGAUGUACACGCCAACCUCACUGCUUUAUAUAAGUCAAUACACGUGCAUUUAUUUGGUACUUGAAACUAACUGCCAUUAAGUUCCAACUCUUCACUAGACACAUCGAGAUAAUUUUCCGGUUUCACGCUAUCCUGCGAAAUAAGUCCCCAAUUUACCCGAUCGUUUAUUAUAAAGCAGUAAAGUUUUGCCUAAAAAGCGGAAGAUAAUUUGCAUUAAUUUUCCCCGAUGUGUAAAUGUGGAGCAUGUAAAUGGUAGGCUUUUUGGUCAGGCAUAUUUAUGUGUCGGGCUAUAAUUGACUUUCAGACUUUCAAGUUUAUUCCCACAUCAUUUUACCAUUAAAUGAAAUUAAACUCAUGGUGGUAAUCAAAUUUUGUAUUAAAACGCAAAAAUUAUACUACUCUUGCAAAGAAUUCUUUGUUUUUGAUUUACUUACUGUGUAUGAUUUAAGGCAACCCGACAAUUAUCUCCCCUUCCGGGGCAGAUGUUUCUCUCUCUUCGUUUGCUUGCUAAUGUAUUCGACCAAAAAUAUUUAAGACAUUGGAGCCGAAACAUAUACCCCACGUCUAUUUCACAUGCUUUAUCAAUAUUUCCUUUCUAUCAAAUAUUAAUGGAGGGGUUAUACCUGAUGUAGGAAAUAAAUCAAUACCAAAAUACUUAAACUCCUCGAAAAUUUGUUCAAGAAGUUUUCUGUGUGGAUUUCAGCUUACUGACAUGUCUUUGUAAGAAGUAACUAUAAUAAGUUAAACCCUCUGUACACACCAACUUUCACAAUUUAUUUGCUUUUAUGUGUUUGGUGAUUCUAAUCUAGAAACAAAGGAAACGAUAGCUUUUCAAGAAAAUAAUUUUGUUUAAGCUUCACCAACGCUUUUCUCGUUAUGUCUAGAAUAUUUUAUAUUAUGUUUGAUAAAUGUUUUAAAAUUGUUUCUUAAAUUCUAGUUUCAACAUUGACGGCUUAAACUUGAAUUCCGGUACAGUAUUAAAUGUACACAUCUAUUCAAAGGAUCAGAUUACAUAUAUAAACUAGUUAUUGCUGUGUCUUAAUUUUAGUACCCUCAUAAACUUUGAACGUCACAUGAACGCCAACCCGGGGGUAAAAAAUUGUCAACUUUUCCAUGGAGAUCUGCUUGUCUCUUAUUUUAUUUCAGCUUUAUGUCUUCAUGGUGUUUAAGAUACAUGCUUUAUUUACAGAAAGAUAAUUGUCUAGAGCAGACGCUAUCAAUUCUAAAGCCAACAUCUACAUUGUUUGUGAAGAAUUGGACGCAAUAUGUCGCGGUGUUGCGUUUAUAUAGUUUACCAUGAAUUUUGAACCGUUUACUGCCUGUUUUUGUGUUCUAGUUGUAUUUUUGUACAUUGUUAUCCGUGUACUAUAAUGGCAGAUGUAAAUAUGUAACGAGGUAUUGAUUGUUACAGUUGAAACAGAGUAAAUAUGUUGAGAGUUGUGAAUACGAGAUGUGUGAAAGCAUGAAGUAGACGAAUACGUGAUGUAUUUAUUUUGUUUUCUAUGAUUUAAAAGUAAAACAAAAUUAAUAUGAAAUAAAAUAUUAUAAUAUAUA